AUGGCGCCCUCCCUCAAGUUCUUCUAUCUGGCAAACGCCUGUUUGAUUCUGCUCGCUGCUUGUCCACGAGAGGCUCAGUCAGAGCCGGCUGAUUCACCUACAAUUUCGUACUCUGUGAAUCUCGGGGAUGACGGCACGUGCCUCGCCGAGGUCAACGCUGCUCGUGAAGCUGCUAAACUGAGCAAGCUUCAGCAACCAGGAGGUAGCGAAGGAGCAAAGCGUCUUCCUGCUUUGGUCCCAGUAACACCGUGGGAGCCACUGUGCAAAGAGUUGAUACCACCGGCAGCGGGGAAAUCAGCCAGUGAGAGAACCGGCAAUGAGUUCAGUAGUGGCACGUACGCCUACAUUGCCCUGAAUUCCGCCACGCCCAACUGCAGUGCUGCAGUCGACCACUGGAAAGCAGCCUACAAGAACUUCAGUGGAGUACCUCCAGCGUACAAAGACAACACGACGCUCUACAGCAAGCAAGACAACAUUUCCUUCGUGGCUCUAUACAACCCUUCAAAAGAUGCGACUGCAGACUGCAGGGUCGUCACAUGCACUGAAACAACAACGAAUCAAUCCCGGCAAGGCCAAGAAGGAUCAGGAACACAACGACAUGGCUACGCUUUGCUAUGCAUGACCACGCCUGAUAUACUCAAAGAAAACGAAUCUGCUCCCUUCACGCAAGAUCAAUGGAACGCAAUAUCGCGUUCGAUUACCGGCUCAGCCUCAGUCGCCGUCCCGAGUCUCGUAGCGCUCGCCGCAGCGUCGCUGAGCAUUGCUUUCCUUUGA